UAAUACUGCAGUUGAAAAGUUACAAACAACAUAUUUUCAGAAGUGGCAAUGGGUGUACCGAAAACAGAGGUCCAAAAAUCCGAUAAAACUGGCAAAACAACAACUCCCGCCUCCAAAAUGCGGAGGGGAAAGAAAAAAGUCGGGCAACCACUUGACCCGGCCCUCCAAAAAAUUCUACACAGAGAAACGGUGACAAACAACGAAGCAGUUGCUUCAAGUCCGUCUAAAAUGUCGAACAAAUCGAAUUUAACCGAGGAAGCUAUUGAUGAAAUUCUCAACAGAUUAGCGACAUGUGAAAAUUCGAUUGAUAAAAGUGAUUUGUUCAUUUUGUUUAAACUUGAAAGCUGGAAAAUUUUGUCGAGAAAUUUGGACCGAAAUUCUGAAGUUCUAGCUAAUGUAAUCAAGUCGUUGUCUUCUGGUCUUAUACUUAAUAUCGUACCAAAGCUUAUGGUAGAUUUACUUACUAAAUUUCAGUCAACUGAAGAAAACUCUGACUCGGCGAAACUGUUGCAAAAUUGUCUGAAGGUUUUAUGUGAGAAUAGUGAAAGUAGAAAGGAGUUCUUUCAGUCGUUUGAAAGUCAUUUGUUUAAAUUUGUGGAUUCGCCCGUUGAGAUGCACGCGAGUUUGAUCGAGAAUCUGUCUGUCGUUGGAAAUGAGUCGCAAGGACCAUUCAAAGAAAGUACUCGAAGUCUUAUUCUGUCAAUGCUUACUAAACUCGAAUCAAAACUACACUUCAAAAAGACCUCAGUCGUACCCGCCAUUGAAGUCUACAUGAACUACCUUUGCAAAGACAUCCUGAACAAAUUGGACCCUAGAUCAGACGGAAAAAUAAACCCGACAGAAGCGAAAGUGACCUUCUCGCAACUAUGUCGGAAACUGAAAGACUUCGUGUACGAUAACAGAAUAAAGUAUAUUCCGUUUGUUUAUGUAACAGCAGCUUCGAUUCAUUCGUCGUUCGCGGAACAUUUAGUCCGAGUAUUGUGGGAUUCGUUCAAGUUGGACCAUUCGUUGAUGUGUUUGCAUUGGCUCGUCAGUUUCGUCUGUGAUACCAAUUUAGUGCCGUUGCCAUUGGUGAAAGACGUGAUGCGACAUAUUUCAUUAUUCAUGUGUAAACUAAUGAAGAAAGAGUGCUUCUCUGCUGUGCGAGGGGGAAGGAAGCGCUCUUCUGUUGGUCUUCUGACGAAACAAGAGGAAACUUCUUCAGAAGAGUUUGUGGUUAAGCAGGCCUUUGUGUAUGCGUUUUAUGCUUUGACAGCCUUGCUGGUUCAAUUCGAUCACGAACUGACAGAAUCCGAACUGCAACUGGCCUUCGUGAAGAGUCUCCGAUUCGACAAGUUUAUCUGCAGCAAGCUACAGCCUCUGGCUCUCAUUCCGAAUGAACUCAGCAAACAGUUCAUGUCUAUAGCAGAGUCUCAUUCCAAUUUGUUUCCCAAUAUGCGAUGUUUCAGCACCGUCAGCUCCUCUAUUCCCGAUGAUGAGAAGAAAGAUCUGAGAGUCAAGCUACGCCGAAUAUUCCAGACUGAAUUCGACCUCGAACAGUCCAAAUGGGCUGUCGAACCUUUCUUGAGAUCAACGCCUGAUAAAAAAGAUGAAGUGAAAAAGGAAACCAUAUCAGCUGAAGCAAGCAUGAUCAAAUCAAAUGACCUUGAUAACGAGUGUGAACAUGCGAUGGAUUUAGAGGAUUUAGAUGAACUUCAUUUGUAUCAAAAAUUGAAUUCUGCCUCUGUGAAAGUCAUUUCAGAUUGGUUAAUUUGAACUUGAUUCUCUUAAACUCUUCGAUGAAAAUUGUUCAAUGAAAGCGAAUUAGUAAAAUUGAAGUUUACGAGAA